UUGAUAGGGAAGCAUUCACUGGAAUCUUUGAAACUUAAAUGGGGCGAUUUUGAUAUUGAUGAUGCAGUAAUUGGGAAUAGAGAUGAAGUGCUAUUAGAUGGACUGAGGCCGCACUCAAAUCUGCAGGAGUUGACUAUCAAUGAAUAUAAAGGUGAGAGCUUUCCAAGGUGGAUGAUGGACAAUCUUGUGUCUUCCUUGCCAAAUUUAGUUGAGGUAUGCUUCUCCAAAUGUGGAGGAUGUAAAAGUCUUCCUCCACUAGGCCAACUACUUCACCUUAAGACUAUGGAGAUUUGGAGUCUGACUGAAUUGGAAUACAUUGUAUCGGAUCAUCCAUUCACUUCAACAAUAUCAUUUCCUAGUCUAUUGGAAUUAGGUAUCCACAAUUGUGAAAAAUUAAAAGCUAUCCCACCAACUCCGCAUCUCGAGGCGUUAUCGCUGAUUAGGGCCCACCCAGCGUUAAUAAAUAUGAUAGUUGGCCUUAAUAAGUUGAAGCACCUGGUAAUCAUGGAGAUGGAGUCUCUAGAAUGUGUGCCGGAGGAGUGCUGGAAAGGCCUCGCCUCCCUCGAAUCUCUUGCCAUCUGUCUUUGUCCUGGGUUAACUUCCCUCUCAAAAGCAGCACCACCACCACCCCCACUGGGUACGCGACAUCAAUCCAACCAGGUGGAUCUCGAUUCUUCGGAUUCUGAGGAGCUGCAUUUAUCCAAUUACGACGAAAGCAGCGGCGGCAACAACCUCAUCUUGGAACUUCACAGUCUCCGCUCCGUGAGACUCUGGGGACUUCCAAAACUAGCAUCUCUCCCACGGUGGCUUCUCCAGCUCAGCAAUCUCGAGGAUCUCGAUAUUCGGCAUUGUCGGGAGCUGGAUAUAUGCAAAGACGAGAGCAGCAACCUCAUCAUCUUGGAUUCCCAUGGAGGACUCCAUCACAGUCUCCGCUCCGUGAGACUCAAAGGACUUCCAAAACUAGCAUCUCUCCCACGGUGGCUUCUCCAGCUCAGCAAUCUCGAGCGUCUACGUAUCUGUGAUUGUCGGGAGCUGGAUAUAUGCAAAGACGAGAGCGGCAACCUCAUCAUCUUGGAUUCCCAUGGAGGACUCCAUCACAGUCUCCGCUCUGUGAGACUCGAAGAACUUCCAAAACUAGCAUCUCUCCCACGGUGGCUUCUCCAGCUCAGCAAUCUCGAGGAUCUCGAUAUUCGGUUUUGUGAGGAGCUGGAUAUAUGCAAAGACGAGAGUGGCAACCUCAUCAUCUUGGAUUCCCAUGGAGGACUCCAUCACAGUCUCCGCUCCGUGAGACUCGAAAAACUUCCAAAACUAGCAUCUCUCCCACGGUGGCUUCUCCAGCUCAGCAAUCUCGAGGAUCUCUCUAUUCGGUAUUGUUCCAAUUUGAAGGCAUUACCAGAGCAGAUCGAGGCCCUUCAAUCACUUCAACGGCUCGAAAUCAACGAUAGCCCCUUGCUGACGUUAUUUCCCGAAGGAACGCGAAGGCUUGCGUCCUUACUCAACUAGGCAUCGACGAAUGCCCAGAAUUGGAGAGGAGGUGCAAGAGAGAUGGAGGCGAGGACUGGGACAAGAUCGCUCAUAUCCCCCACAUGCAACUUGGACUGUGGCAGAUCGAGCCCUAAUUUUCCUUACUGAAGACUAGGCAGAAAUGGGAUAGAUUUUUGCACCGAUGACGUAAUGCCAGAUAAGGAUCACAAAGAACUCACUGACCGCCAGUCCCAUGACAGGAAACAUAUGGAUUUCUCUCUUGCUAAAACAGAAGAAGAGUGGAAACACCAAGAGCUUUUCUUAGUUCAGGGUGUAUGCUUUGAAGUCCGAGAACAAUACUGUUACAUGCUUGAGAGUCUUCUCAACUUGGACGUCACGCCCUACACCGAUACAAUAAUUGCAUAAUACAUUUGGUUGCCCAAAAUUGGAGGGGAGGUGCCACAAAGAUGCAGGCGACGACUGUUACAAGAUAUCUCAUAUCCUGCAGACAGAGUUGAUAAAGUUAUCUAUCAACGCUACAUGAUUCGAGGGGGGGACAUGGACAGAUCGCAGAUAGAUAUAGUGUGCAAUCUCCUUAUUUGAUUUCACAAGGAGCAAAAUGCCUGCACAAUUCUGGAAAACUCUCAUAGAUGAAGUGAUGAAAUGUUUCUCUGUUGAACGGCUUCUGGUUUGCUUCCCUUGAACGGAGGUUCUGACAUAGAUCUGCGCAGCAACUCAAGGGCGAUCCCUAGACCUGCUGAGCACCCGUUUGAACUUCCAAAGUGGAAUUACUAUGGAUCAAGUACCAAUCAAGCUCCGGGGGAGGAUAGAGAAGUGAUCUUAUAGUUAGCAUUUGACAGCAUUUGACAUUCUUUAUUUGCUUCUCAGCCAUUCUGCAAAGGUUCUCAGGUAAAUCCUUUACCAAUUUUUAGCGACAUCUUAAGCAAUUGAGUAAAUAUUUGACAUUAAAAGAGGUCUUAUCACAGUUAGAGUGGGAGUCUAAUCUAUGGCUUCUUCAUUUUGAUCACUGCAAGGUUGUCCUGUUCAAUUUGUUUGGUUGACAAUUGACGUGGACUUCAUCUCUUUGUGACAACAAUGUCUGCAAAAGAAAUGUGUGGUGUGUGAGGCAGAAUGAAUGAACGAAGCAGUAGUCAUUGUUGUCGUUUCUUUUCAUGAAUAAAUCAAUCACUACCAAUUUUAAGUCUAUGUUGUGGACCUCAUGUGGAAUCGAUUUAUCUUGUAUCCACUCUUGUAUCAGAUUUUUCUUGUUCUGUGACUUCAAGUCCUCAUAGUGAUAAUUGCGGUGUUCGGUAGUCUUGCUCUGCCAUGGCGAUAUCUGAUGGAUAUUUUCGCCAAAGUGAUUAGGAAGGGUAAUUUGCAAUUAUGCCAAGUUUGUGAAAGAAGAAACUACUUCAUUGUGAUUGCCUUUUGAUUGCGAGAGGAAAGGAUUAGGUGCACUGUCAAGAUUCAUGAGUUGAUCGUCCAUUAUAUCUAAUGAAAUAUCAUAAUAACAUGUUUGCUAAUUGAUCCUUGGUAAGGUGGAAUUUCAUUAAUCUCUUAAACUGUUGCACUCUGCAGUCUGCUUACUUCAACUAUGUAACUGCCCUCAGUUUUUUACUUGUUCAUGAGCUCACUUUUGGGAAUGAGGCCUGAGAAUAACCUUGAAAUGAUUCCAAAAGGAGAAGUAUAGUUAUGCCACUAUUUUUAGUUAAGUUUUCAAGGAGAAUGUGGUAUCAUCCUUAGGGAAAUCAAUAAGACUCGCUAUUUAUGCUUCAAAAUGUAAGUUUUCCUACUUGAAAUUGUCGGCGUACGCACUUGCAAAAGAGACCCUUUCUUUGAAGUACCCAGUCUAUUCGUUUUAUCAUUUCAAAACUAAACUCUCAUGCAUACCAGAAGGCCAAGUCAUACAAAUAGAGCUUGUUGUUUGAAUCAUCUUCCAUGAAAUUAAGCUCCUAGGUUU